AUGUAGAGUGAAUAGCAUCGCUUAAGUACAAAUUCGAGUGGAUCAGUCGAUAUCGGUUUACUCUUAAAGAAAUACAAAUAAGCUAACACAAAGUUAAGUCCUUUGCCUCUGGAAUAAUUUGAAUAGGUAGCUUUAGAUAAUAAAAUUGAUCUUUUACAAUAAUUGCCAGACAAUGAUCUUACCCAAUUUUUAGGGUUUAAAGAACUCAAUCAAGGGGCUGUAAGUGAGUUAAAACGUUCGUUAUUACAAUCUAAAAGAAUGUGGAAUAAUUAUAGUCAGUCCUUAUUUACUGAGGAAUAGUCAGAUCAACCAAAAUAUUACACUUCUAGAAAAAUGUAAUUAAUACACAAUAGAGACACAUUUAGACAAAUAAAAGAAAAAUAUAAAAAAUAAGAAGAAACAUAAAUUGAGGAAGUAAGAAAAUACUUUCAAAAAAUAUAAUCAAAAAGUCCAGGAGUAAAAUCAUAUCCUUCUAUGCAAUAUUAAGACCUAUAAAGAAUUGAAUAAAUACGUAGAUAGAUAAGGUAAGGCAAUCAAAGUGAAUUAAUAACUAAAAGUAAAGAUGCUGAAUAAUUAUAGAGAAGAUUAAAUGAAUCGUUAAUCAACGAAAUUAAAAUAAAGAAACAAUGUGUAUACAUAUAUAAAGAUACAAAUUUAAAUUGGUAGCCAUGUUCAAGAAAUGCAAGUACUAUGUUAUCAUAUGAUCAUAAAUUAUAUUUAUAUGGAGGAGCAGGAUCAAAGUAAACAGAAGACUUAUGCUAUGCGAAUAUAGAUAAAUGUAAAAUAUUAAUAAAAUUAUAGAAAAAUAUAAAUGGAAUUAAAUUAAAUUUGAUGAAAAAUCAUCUAAUGGAUAUAGAGGAAAUCAUUCAGCAGCAAUAUAUAAAAAUUUAAUGAUAAUAUUUGGUGGUGAAGUACACUAGAUAAUUAAUGAUAAAAGAAUAAGUAGUGAAAUAACCAGUGAUAUUAAAAUAAUAAAUCUAAGUAAAUAAAAUUCAUUAUUAUCAGUUACUAAUGAACUUAAAGUUUUAAAAUAAACUGGUAUCAUACCACCAAGGAAAUGUCAUAUAGCAGAAGUCAUUGGAAGAAAUAUGAUUGUUUAAGGGGGGAUUGAUCUUAAAGGUUAAUAUUUAAGAGAUGUGAUUUCUUAUGAUAUUGCCACUUAAAGAUGGUCAUAAGUCUUAACAGAACAACAUGUUUGCUUUCUUGAUGGAGUAGCUUUUCAUAAAUCUUGUGCUGUCUUUCAUAAUACUUAAGUAGAAUUAUAUAAAAAUGAUCCUGAAGUUAAAUUUAAUUAUUAGGGAGUUUUUAUUUUUGGUGGUUUCGAUAAGCAUGGACAUUAUUUAGACAAACUUAUUAAAAUAGAUAUUACUACUAAGCCUAUCAAUUUUGAAUAAGUAUAGACUAAAGGACUUUCACCCAGUAAAUAAUAAAAUUAUAUAAAAUAGUUGGUCGUUGUUAACAUUCUAUGAAUUAUUUAGAGUAAUAUUAAAUUAUAGUUAUAUAUGGAGGUAAAAAUGAUGAUCUUAAUGUAAAUGGUUUUUUAAAUGAUAUUCAUUUGCUUGAUAUGAAAACAUUGACUUGGAUUAAUGUGGAAAUUAAAGGAUCUUAAGUUGCAGGCAGAUGUGGACAUAGUGCUGCUUGUAUAGAAUCAAAAUUAUACAUUUUUGGAGGUUGUAAUUAUUCAGGUUUUCUUAAAAGUGAUCUUUUAAUUAUAGAACUAGAUCCUAUUUAAGCCUAACAAUUUGGAUAAUAGGAUGUUAUUUAUGAAAAGCCAAGAAAAUCUUAAUUAAAAGUUACAUUCAAAAAAUAAAUUCAAAAAGAUCAUCUAACAGAAAUAAAAGAAAAAAUAGAUUAAAUAUGUUUAAAACCUUAAAAAUAAAGUCUGUUUUUACCAAAGCCUAGAAGAUUAAGUGAUUUACUAAAUUCAUUGAAUUUAAAAGAACUUAUUUAACCAAAUUAAUAAGAUAAAGAAAAAGAUAAAGAUUAAUAAUAGAAAUCAAGUAGAAGUUCAAAUAGAUAAUCACCAAGAAAAGAAACUCCUAGAAUUCCUAUUAAAAAUAUUAAAAGAACUAUGACUACUAUUGUUAAUUCAAAUUGA